ACAGAGCCAGGCUGGGGCUCUUUGCAGGUCUGGAGGCUGCAGGCGAGACUGAAGACACCCGUUGGGGCUCCUCCGAGAUACCGAGGCGUCAGGGGCUGGCAGCCUCCUUGGGCAGGACAGAGGGGAUCUGAUCGGCAGAAGGACUCGGGGAGCCCAGCUGAGCCAAGCGACCACAUGCUCUAAACCAAAGAACCAGUCUUGUCUGGCAAGAAUGCCUGUCUCCACGGGCAGGAAAGCUCAGCGUCCUGGAGAUAGCCUCUGCCCCUGAACCCUGCAGCCUUGAGGCAGCACCAGUGGGACGAGAGCGAAGUGGAUCAACGCAGGGAGCAGCAGAGCGGCGGAACCACUUCUGUGCAGAAAAACAACCACGUUACUUUCCAUUCUGCCGCCUGAGACAACCACAUCCUCCUCACACACUCCCCAGGCUCCCAUGGAGAGCUCAGGUGAGAAUGCCCCCAGGACUGGCAGGGCCAACUCCACCCAGCCAGGCUGUGAGACCCCAGUUCGGCUGCCCAAAGAUGUGGAGCUGGACCUGGAGCGGAGCGUGCAGGCCGUGCUCCGGGAGCUCAGCGCCCAGGCCCCAGCCCUGCAGAGCAACCAAGGCAUGUGGAGAUGGUCCCUGCACAAGAAGGUCGAGCGAGAUCCCAGCAAGAGUCCGGCACUGGUCCGCAUUCUGCUCAGAGAACUGGAGAAGGCAGAAAGUGAGGACCUCCGGCAUGUCAUCAUUCCCUUGCUGCACACUCUAAUGUACGUGCUUACCAAGGCCACGGGCAUCGCCGAGGAGCUCUACCGGAGAACCUACGCCUUCUGCAUGAGGUUACUGACCCUGCCGGCCCCCUACUGCACGGUCGCCCUGGACUGCGCCGUGAGGCUGAAGACCGAGACGGCAGUCCCAGGGACGCUGUACCAAAGGCUGGUCAUCGCCGAACAGAACUUGCCGAGUGAAUUGUACCCCUACCAGGAGAGAGUGUUCCUCUUCGUGGAUCCUGAGCUGGUAUCUCCCUCCGUGUGCAGUGCCCUGCUGCUGGAGAUCCAGGCGGCCCAGGAGCAGCAGACACCAGAGGCCUGCAUGCGCCACGUGGUCUCCCACGCCCUGCAGGCGGCUCUGGGGGAGGCCUGCCACGCAGGCGCUCUGCAAAGGAAGCUGCAGGCCAGCCCCCGCCACGCCCUGGAGCGCAUCUUCCACGCCGUGGUGGCAGCGGUGGAGCAGAUGGCGAGCGAGCCCAGCCCGAGCCGGGAGGGACACCUGGAGAGGCUGGAGGAGAUUUACUGCUCGCUGCUGGGGCCGGCGGCGGCCGCCAGGGGGCGCUGCGGCGGUCAUGACGCCCUGCAAGACCGGCCACCAAGCAUCCCUCUGCCCAGUCCCUACAUCACCUUCCACCUGUGGACGGAUGAGGAGCAGCUCUGGAAGGAACUGGUGCUCUUCCUGCGCCCACGAUCCCAAAUGCGCCUCAGUGCUGACCUGGAGGCUUUGGAUCUGCAGGGCCUCCUGCCAGACCGGGAGUUGGCCCGGGUGUCGGUACUGUCCACUGACAGUGGCAUCGAGCGGGACCUUCCUUUGGGGGCUGACGAGCUGCUCACACCCAGCAGCCCUGAGAUGGAGCAUGGGGGGCUGCAGCGCAAAGGGGGCAUGAAGAAGCGGGCAUGGCCCCUGGACCUCUUAAUGCUCGGCGGCUGGGACGGGCCCCCAGGGCUGCACCGGAGGACAGGCAGGCCCGACGGGGACGGGGAACUGCUGCCCGGGGUCUCCCGGCUGCACACGGCCCGGGUGCUGGUGCUGGGGGACGACAGGAUGCUGGGGCGCCUGGCCCAGGCCUACCACAGCCUCAGGAAACGAGAGACCCAGAAGUUCUGCCUCACCCCCAGACUCAGCCUGCAGCUGUACUAUAUCCCGGUGCUGGCGGCUAAGAAGCCCGCAGCAUCCAGGCAGCCGGAGCUUGGAGAGCUGGCUGCGUUCCUGGGCCGUGCAGAUCCCUGGUACCAGAACACCGUCAACACCCUGUGCCCGGCCAUCCACAAGCUGGCAGAGAUGCCUCCCUCCCUUGGCUCAUCCCGGACCGUGGACCCCUUCAUCCUGGAUGUCAUCACCUACUAUGUUCGCAUGGGCACCCAACCCAUCUAUUUCCAGAUCUACACGGUCAAGAUCUUCUUCGGUGACCUGAGCCAAGACCCUCCAGAGGACAUUUUCCUCACUGAACUGACGGUGAAGAUCCAAGACUCCAAACUCCCCAAAGAUGGUUUUUCACCCAGGAGGAAAGGCGUGGCUGAGGGCCCAGGGGCUGAGCUCUCCAUCUGCUACCAGAAGGCCCUGCUCAGCCACCGGGCCCAAGAGGUCACCGUUUCCCUGCGGGCCACUGGGCUGGUCCUGAAGGCCCUUCCAGGCAGUGACACUGAAGUUUCAGGGCCCACCCACUGCCCCCCAACUGCUGCUCCCCUUCCAGACCACACAUGCCUGAACGUCAGCGUGACAGAGGUUGUCAAGACCUCCAACUUGGCAGGAAGGUCCUUCUCUGUGGUGACAAACACCUUCCGAACCGCCAACAUCCGGAUCCAGAGCCAGGACCAGAGACUGCUGACGCUGUUGCUAGACAAGGACAGUCGGCGCACUUUCAGGGACGUCGUCAGAUUCGAGGUUGCUCCUUGCCCUGAGCCAUGUUCUGGGACUCAGAAAUCCAAGGCACUGUGGCUCAGUUCGCACCAGCAGAAGGAGAUGGAAAGGACCAGGGCCAUGCCCAAGCCCCUUCUAAUGCCCAUCAACACGUUCUCGGGCAUCGUCCAGUGAGCCCAAAGGGGCAGAGGAAGCACUGAGUCUGAGCAUGGCGGGCCCAAGAGGAAGAUACACUACCCCACCUGCCCCCAGUGACCGGAGCAAGGCGCGGCUCCCAUGGGCAGCUUCUGGCCAUGUCUAGGAGCCGGUGAGUGGCCGAAACACGGGGAGACUGGCUGUGGGCAGGGGAUGCAGCAGGGCCCACAUGAAGCCCAAGGCUGGCUGGGCGGGCAGAGCUGUGCACACACAAAGGCCAGCUCCCUGCACCAGUGACCACUCCUUUGUUGAUUUUCAAUUCCCACCUCUUCUACCGUCUUCUCCCACUCAAGCUCCCCACCCAGCCCUUAAACCAACGUGAGAGCUGCUGUUUUGGCCAGGGCUCUGUGGCCUGGGGGAAGGUGGGAGGAAGGCAAAGGGGACUACAGCUCUUCCCUCCCGAAUCUGUCCCCUUCCCUCUCUCGGGCCACGGCCCUCCUCCCCACUCCCAGGUAGGCAUCUCUCCCAGUGGAGAGGAAAAUGUCAAGUUCAAUAAAUACACACUAAAGUGUUUCUGCUUUCCUCUAA